GCUACCUCUGGCUCGUCUGUGCUAGCCUGCUAUACCCACCUGUUGACACGGUUCCCUCAGGACUCCCGGACCCAGGAUGCUGGGUUGUGGCUGUGUAAUGGUCUCCAGUCUCCUGGCACUGACACUAUUUCACUGUAGCGUCGACAGUCUACAUCUCAACCUGGAGAGCCCAGAGCCGGUGUCUAGGGGUCGACCGGUGUCUGCUAAGUCACCUGAUGGCAUCACGGCAAAGCUGCUGCUGCUGGAUCAGCUGGUCCAGAUGGAGAACGAUGUUGUCAUGGAAACCAAGCGGAAGAGGAGUUUCCCCGGCGCCAACACGCCUCUUGACCGCCUCAGUAUCAGCACCCUCGACACCAAGAACAGCAGUAACAAGCAGAGGAAAGUAGUGGAGUUACCACGGCGACGAGUAAACGUUCCCAUCGAUCGGAUCGGAGUAGGUCGCGUACCCAACACCCGAGGCUAAAUGUCACAGCUCAAGCCUUACCCCUCCCCACGCAACAGAAGCUUCACUGCAGGUAGAAGAUGCAUGGAAACGCAAAACAUGAACACGCACUUCCCGAUCUUUCCCUCUCAAGGCAUGACCACAACACCACACACAUAGGCCUAC